AUGUCUAAUGGUUCCCUCGACAAGUUUAUCGGUAAUAAGGGACUAGAAAGCACUUCAUCUUUGAGUUGGGAUAAUCUGUUGCAAAUUGCGAAAGGGAUAGCCAGAGGAUUAGAGUACCUGCACAAGGGAUGCAACACUCGUAUUUUACACUUUGACAUAAAACCACAUAACAUUCUUUUGGAUGACAACUUCUGUCCCAAGAUAUCAGAUUUUGGGCUUGCAAAACGUUGUCCUGGGAAAGAAAGCACUAUUAUUUCCGUUUCAUAUGCCAGAGGAACAAUAGGAUAUGUAGCUCCAGAAGUGUGCAACAAACAUUUUGGAGUUUCACAAAAAUCUGAUGUGUAUAGCUAUGGAAUGAUGCUACUAGAAAUAGUGGGAGUGAGGAAUAAUAGUAAUGAUGAAGCCACUCAAACAAGUGAAUACUUCCCAGAUUGGAUAUACCGAAAGCUGGAGCAAGACCAAGAUUUGAGAAUUGAUGAUGUGACAGCCACAAAAGAAACAGAGACAGAAAGGAGAAUGAUUACAGUUAGUUUGUGGUGCAUUCAAACGUUUCCAAAGGAUAGACCUACUAUGAGUAGAGUAAUCGAAAUGUUGGAAGGCAACAUGAAUUCUCAAGAAAUACCCCCAAAACCUGUUCUUUCUUAUCCCUCAACUGGAUUGGUGGCAGAAUGGACCACUAGUUCCUUGCAGUCUGAGUAG